AUGUCUACUAUUGCAGUAGCUACCAGCGUAACACCUAAAUCUCACCAUGCAUCAAAAACAUCAAAACCGUGCACAUCUGCAAGUUGUUGUUCCCCUUCUCGCCUCUGGAAAACAAUCCAAUUGUUGAUCAACACAGACAACCGAGACGAAUUCCGUAAACUUUGUGGAGACAGCGUCAAACAACCUCACGUCGUCCGUGUGAUUUUGACAUCACGCCUGUCCAACAACCCUCUUGUCUACAAAAGCACCAUCACGAUAGACCGUCGUCUUACUGACAAGUUUGGCAAGUUAUCAGCCACAGAUCUCAACGCACUUGAAAUUGCCCUUUUACAAAAGCAUGACCACGUUGCCUACGUGCUCUUACAAACCCUCAAACAGCAUGCCACCCCUAUGGAAUGUAAACAGUUCUUAAACCAUCAAUGGGGUAAGCAAGGAAAUACAGCAUUGCAUUUGGCCGCAUUCUGGGGUAUGUCGAAACUUGUACGACUCAUGUUAGAGAUGGAGGCUGACCCUUUUGUUAAAAACAAUCGCCAACUCAGACCUAUCGAUUGUGCAACACAUCCCGACACAAUCACUCUUUUGGAACAAAAGAAUCAACAGACCAUAAUCACCAAAAGACCAAGUCUCUUGCUCAAGAAAGCCGAAAAGACCAUGAUGCGUUCACUUGGUAUUUCAGAACCUGAACCUGUCCAAGAACAGAUCUUUGUGCCUCCUCCUCCUUCUGUUCAAGAUGAAGAAGACUUAAUGUCUCGAUUAUCUCCACUUUCGUUCUCUUCCUCUUCGUCUUCGUCCUCUUCUUCUUUUGAUUAUCAUUGCUGGACCCCACCUCAAUCCCCUAUUCCUUCUUCUGUGGAUACAAAACAAGAACCCCUUUUGUCGGAUUUGGCUAAUAUUACCAUUUCAGAUGAAAAGGAUGACAUUCUCUUCCAACGUCCUGGCUGUUUCCCUCAGCAUCUUGUGGACAAUAAACAAAAUGUGUCACAGAAGCCAAAAAAGGUUCAUUUCGACCCCCAGAUCAUUGUAGUAGAUGCUUGCAUACGCGGUGACUUGGAAGAGAUGAUAGAACUUGAAAAUGAAGUUGUUUUGAGUGAGAUACGCGAUUUGCAAAAUCGGUCCUUGUUGCAUAUGGCUCUGAUGCACGGUCAAGAACAUUUAGUAGAAUACUUAUCUGAUAAAGUAGACAUCAAUCAUGCUGACAAAGAUGGUUGGACUUGUCUUCAUUAUGCUGCUGCUUUAGGUUUAUGGGGAUCACUUCAGUUUCUCCUGUCAAUUCCUGAUUGUGAUAUCAGCGCACGGACCAAUCAUGGGCUAAGAGUUGAAGAUUGUCCAGAGUCUGAUUUUUGUAAAAGAAAGUGUAAAAGUAAGUGA